GGCCCCGCUUCCCGGGUGCCGCCCCUCGCCCCUCCCCGGAAGGGCGGCCCCAUCGCGGCCGGCGCGGAGCCGGCAUGGAGCGCUACGAGGCCUACGGCUUCUCGGGGGCCAUGAGCGGCGUCUUCCUGCUGUCCUGCCUGCUCUUCGCGGCCGUCAGCCGCCGCCAGCGCGGGCCCUACAUGGACGAGGUGUUCCACGUCCCGCAAGCGCAGGCCUAUUGCCACGGCCGCUUCCUGCAGUGGGACCCCAUGAUCACCACGCUGCCCGGCCUGUACCUGCUCUCGGUGGGAGUGGUGAAGCCCGCGGCGUGGCUCCUGGGCUGGACGGGAAGCGUGGUGUGCUCUGUGGGAAUGCUCAGGUUUAUCAAUCUCCUCUUCAGUGCUGGGAACUUCUACUUACUGUACUUGCUUCUGUUCAAGAUCCAUCAGAAGAAUAAGGCUGUGUCUGGAUUCCAGAGGAUCUUGUCUGCAUUAACUCUUGCAGCAUUUCCCACCCUUUAUUUUUUUACAUUCCUUUAUUAUACAGAUCCAGGAUCAGUAUUUUUUACUCUUUUUUCCUAUUUAAUGUGCCUUUAUGGUAACCAUAAAACUUCUGCUCUCCUUGGAUUUUGUGGCUUCAUGUUUCGUCAGACAAACAUUGUGUGGACAGUUUUUUGUGCUGGAAAUGUUGUUGCAGAGAAGCUAAAUGAAGCCUGGAAGAUUGAGUUGCAGAAAAAGAAAGAUGAAAAGAUUUCUUCCAGGAAAGGAUCAUUUUCAGAUUUGACCAGAAUACUGCAGUUUCUUGUUAAAUAUCUCUUGUCACCCAAAAAUUUAGUUACACUUACUGCUUUAACUUGGCCAUACAUCAUUUUAGUAUGUCUCUUCUUUGUUUUUGUCUUCAUCAAUGGUGGAAUAGUUGUUGGUGACAGAAGUAGUCAUGAAGCCUGUUUGCACUUUCCUCAGCUGUUCUAUUUUCUGUCCUUUACUGUUUUUUUUUCAUUUCCUCAUUUACUGACCCCUACUAAAAUCAGGAAAUUCCUGUUGUCAUUGAAGAAGCACCCUGUGCAGUAUAGCUUAGUCACUGUCAUCUCUUUAUUCCUGAUCUGGAAAUUUACCUAUGUCCAUAAGUAUCUACUAGCAGAUAACAGACAUUAUACAUUUUAUGUCUGGAGAAAAGUGUUCCAAAGACACGAGCUUGUAAAAUACCUGUUAGUUCCUUUCUAUCUAUUUGCUGGCUGGAGUUUUGCUGAUACACUAAAAUCAAAAUCAAUAUUCUGGAUCUUAAUGUAUUUUGUUUGUUUAUUAGCAGUCACAGUUCCUCAAAAAUUGCUAGAAUUUCGUUACUUUAUUUUGCCAUUCUUAAUAUAUAGACUCAAUGUUCCAUUUUUGCCUCUAUAUAGACAACUUCUGGAAUUGGCAUUUUAUAUUUUAGUAAACGCUGUGACUUUUUAUCUUUUUCUAAAUAGAACAUUCCAAUGGGAAAAUAGUGAUGAAGUACAGAGGUUUAUGUGGUGACUUUUUUGAUACUUUUAUACCUGUAGGAAAACACAGUUCUGUUUCAGGACUGGACUCUGGAAUGAGACAGUAUGUUUUGCAUCAUGUAAGGACUGUUUUCCCUAGCUGGAAUUGGGAAGUAAGCUCUGUGCUUAUAUUGUUGCAACCAAAUGCAUGAUCUGUUAUAAUGUGAAGAUACUCCACAUAUUGAAUUUAUGAAAAUGUAAAAAUUCAAUAUGAGGGGAAACGGGAGAACACGUUUCUGUAAUUAUUGUAAAAUAAGGGAGAUGUUUACUGUCAUUUUUCAUGAUAAUAAAGUAUUAUAUGACACGCCCUUGAAGGUAAAAUAGUUUAUAAGUAUGUUUCAGAGGUUUCUUUUUUACAAAAGAAGGAUUUCAGUCUAUUAAACCUUUUUAUUUGUGUGCAUAUUUAUUCCUCAGAUCAGGCCAUUUCCUUCUAGGUUUACUAGUGGUCAAAGUAUAAACCACUAUUAAAGUACAAUGUUUUCAAAGCCUCCUACGUCUCUCUGAAUUUUCAUUACUUUUUUUUUGUUAGUAAAUGCUUACAUUAGUUUUGUAAGAGAAUGGGCUCUUAAACCACUAGAGAAUGUUGAACAUUUUAUUUCAAACUGAUAUUUAGAAAGCACAGUGGAUGCUGUGUGUGCACCUUUGGAGGAGUAAGUGUUGCUGUACAAUAAAGCAUAAAUGGCAGUUGGUGAUGUGACCUGCUAGAAAGGGAGCAGUUUACAGAUGUCACACUGCAACGUGCAGUGGAUUGCAGCCCUCUUUAAUAACUGAGCUUUUAUGUCCUGUGGCUCUGUGCUCACAGGUUUGUGCUGAAAUCGACUCUGAGUGCACUUCUGAGUUGCACUGAGUGUUUCAAAGAUCUUUGGUGUGUAAUCUUCAAGAAGUGCUAAUGGCAUUAUUGAACUGUUCUUUUAAGUAUUUUACACGUUUAAUGGAACUUGAGUGUAUAUAUUCAGUUUGAUAAAGUGAUAUAUAUUUACAUAUAUUGAUGUAUAUAUAUAUUUAAAAGCAUUCAGUGUGUACUAUCAUCAGAGUAAAUGAAGGCUUUAAUUGUUGCUCUGAGUAAAUCACUUAUAUUAAGUCUCAAAAAUAUUUGAUUGCUACAAUAUGUGGCAGGGGAAAGUAGUCUCCAAAACUUCAGGCACCGUGUAGCUUCUUUAAAUGCAUUAUUGUUCUGUAAUGAUAAUACUUCAGCCAAAUCUGUGCAAACAUCAUGUUAUUGCCACUCAAGUCACUUGGAAUUGGAAUAGUUUCUCAAGAGAUCAGUUCUGGGAGUUACAAGCUGUUACUGGUUUCUUUUACCCCACUAAGAUCCCUGUCUUGGCUCCAGUUCCUUCCCUGUACCAGCCCUGUGAUGGGUGUGGUGAGCUCAGAUUCUGAUCAAUGCCUCUGCAUCCCUGUUUCUCCCAAGGAAACCCUCCAGCCACUCUUCAAUGAGUAAUUUGUAUUAAAUUCAGGAUAUUUGCCAGGUCACUUUUUGCUUCUUGGCAUUUUGCCAGCCUGUAAUUUGUUGUCAAUAUGUACUGUAGGGAAAACCAUUUUCAAUCAGUACCUAUUUACUUCUUCACAUUGAAGGGACAAAAGUAACCUGAAAUGGAUUGCUUUUGAAGAAUCCAUUGUAGUUCUGGCAGAGUCCAGGAUGUUGUGUUGUGAUUUCAGUAUCACAGAUUUGGGAGGGGAAGUCUUGUGUGCCUUCUGCUUCCAGUUUUGUUUUUGUAUGCCAUGCCAAUAAAAUAAUAAGUUAAAGAGCAUUUGCCUGCUUAAGUACAACUUCAUUUGUGCCCUUAAAUACUGAGUUGGAAUGGUAACAUGGAAAGGCAUGGGGCUCUGUCUAGUAUUCCAAGUUGUAUCUUAGACCCAAGGUUUUUUUCUGGUUUUAUGUAGGGGAGCAGGUGUAAAUUCCCUUGAGAAAAAAAUUCCCUUGCAAAGAUCCCUGUAUAUUCAACAGGUGUUUGAUCCAGCGUAUCUGUUUUUACUGGUUUCAAAUGCCAUCCUUGAUCAACUCUGUUGAGAGGCUGUUCAGGAUUCC